AUGUCUCCAGACGACGUCGAGAGUAGAGGUCCUACGGUUGACCAGAGCGAAUUUGUUGAGGUCAAUGCUUCCGGACACGUGCAGGAGGUCGAGCGCCAGUUUGGUCUGGUCAGUAUCUCGGCUGUCGGAAUAAUCACAGGCUGUUCAUGGCCACUGACUGGUGGCAUUCUGGUGGUAUCAAUUCUGAAUGGCGGGUCGCCAGGCGUCCUCUACGAGUUCAUAGCAGUCUCGCUCAUGUACUGCCUCGUCGCAGCUUCGGUCGCAGAGAUGGCUUCGGCUAUACCAUCUUCUGCUGGGGUCUACCAGUGGGCUGCUGUCUUUACGUCGAAGGCAUAUGGAAGGGUGGUCAGUUUCUAUGCAGGCUGGUGGAAUGUUUCGGCAUGGAUUUUCGCAACAGUGUCGACCUCUUCAGUGGUCGCUCAGCAGCUUGUUCAGAUGUAUGCUCUGUUCCACGCGGACUACAUUUUCCAAAGAUGGCAUGUCUUCGUCACAUAUCUGAUCAUCUCCUGGACGGCCUGCUUUGUUGUUGUACUUGGGAAUCGACUCUUACCAGUCCUAAAUGAUAUCGGACUGGUCUUCAUUGUUGCUGGUGGGCUGGCCUCAAUCAUUGUCUGCGCCGUCAUGCCGAGUCAGACAGGCAGCGGCUAUGCCGACGAUGCUUUCGUUUGGAAAGACUGGAUCAACUCCACAGGCUGGUCUAGCGAUGGCUUGACAUUUUUGCUCGGCAUGCUAAACGGCGCAUACGCAAUGGGAACUCCUGACAGCGUAUCUCACCUUGCGGAGGAAAUACCACGCCCUUCGGUGAACAUACCGAAAGCCAUUGGAAUGCAGAUGAUUUUUGGUUUUGCAUCCACGUUCUGCUAUCUGGUAGCGUUGAUGUAUUCGAUUUCUGAUCUGGACGAGGUACUGACUGGCGGCGGCAACUUUCCGCUGGCACAAAUCUAUUUGCAAGCCACGGGAACCAGAGCUGGAGCAAUGGGUCUCUUGUUGGUGGUCUUCUUACCGUCCGUCUCUUCAGUGAUUGCAGCAUACAUCACUGCUGGCCGCACGAUGUGGACGUUGGGCAGAGACGGUGCAACGCCAUGCCAUCAAUUCGUUGGCAAGAUACACCCAACUAUGCACAACCCUGUCAAUGCGACCAUUCUCUGUGCCUGCGUCAACACUUGUUUUGGUGCCAUUUAUGUUGGCUCCGCGACUGCCUUCAAUGCGUUCGUGGGCAGCUUCGUCAUUCUCACCACCCUGUCGUACCUGGCUGCCCUGUUGCCGUACCUUGAAGGCCCUAUCGUCAUCGCAGCAGCAUCUGUGUACAUGGUCGUCUUCAUCGUCAUCUUCUCCCUGCCUUACACGAUGCCGGUGACUAGCGGAACAAUGAACUAUUCUAGUGUCAUUGCUGGAGGCAUCACGAUCGCGGUAACUGCGUUGUGGUUUUGGAAACGUGGGAGAGGCUACGAAGGACCGAAGACGGAUGUCGACGUGCUUACCGGAGGAACAGCCACGAAUGACCCCGGAGCCAUGGACGAUCCCGUUGUGGCACAUGGCACGGAAGACAAACAGACGCAUUAG